GCUGUUGUACUAUUUCAGGGUUUUAUGCUAUCUAUCUUCUUCCUGCACGAUUGAAAAUGCUUGUCCGAUUUUAUUUCCGUUCUCUCUUCUUCCCUAAACUCCCCGUCCGUUUUCUCCGCUUCUUCUGCUCUUCACAACUCCAGCCAACGCCGCCGGAACUUCCGCAAUUUGAACCCUCAAACGACGCCGACUUGAUUUCUCAACUACUCCAACACCACAAUCCAUUUCACGCCAUGGAAUCUUCUCUUCAGCUCCAUGGCAUUUCCUUCACCCCUUUUCUUGUUCAUCAGACUCUCAUCCGACUCAAACACUCUUCUAAAGUUGCUCUCUCCUUCUUUCACUAUUCCCAAACCCAACCCAAUUCCGACACUGACACCUCCACUGCUUUCAAUCUCCUCAUCGACAUUUUAUGCAAAGUCCGCCAGUUCGAUGUUGCAUGGCAGCUUAUUAUUCAAAUGGACCAGAAAUCUGUAAAAACUGACUUCACUACUUUCUAUCUGUUGAUCCGUAGGCUUAUCUCGGCUGGCUUCACCCGCCAAGCUAUUCGGACUUUUAGUGAAAUGCACGUAUUUCUUGAUCAAUACGAUGAAGAUGAAGUAUGGAAAUUGUAUUUUAGUUACCUUCUUGAUACUCUUUGUAAAUAUGGGUAUGUUAAGGUGGCUACUGAAGUUUUUAAUAAAGAGAAAUGGAGAUUGGAGCUCAACUGUAAAGUUUAUACUAUUCUGAUUUAUGGUUGGUGUAAAGUGAAGAAUGUAGAGAUGGCUAGGAGGUUUCUUGGGGAGAUGUUGGAUAAGGGUAUUGACCCGAACGUGGUAAGUUACAAUGUGUUAUUGAAUGGAAUUUGUAGGAGAGCGAGUUUGCAUCCGGAUGGUAGGUUUGACAAGGUAAUUAGGGAGGCAGAGAAGGUGUUUGAAGAAAUGACUGAAAGAGGUGUGGAACCAGAUGUGACCAGCUAUUCCAUACUCCUACAUGUCUAUAGCCGGGCUCAUAAGCCUGAGUUAUCACUUGAGAAAUUAAGGAUUAUGAGACGCAAAGGGAUAUGCCCGAAUAUUGUGACAUAUACCUCAGUUAUCAAGUGUCUCUGCACUUGUGGUAGGAUUGAAGAUGCGGAGCUAUUACUUGAGCAAAUGGUUUCUAAUGGGGUGACUCCCACAUCCACAACUUACAAUUGUUUCUUUAAAGAGUUCAAAGGGAGGAAGGAUGUUGAUGGUGCGUUGAGGUUGUAUGGGAAAAUGAAGGAGGGUUCCCUAUGCUCUCCUAGCGUGAGUACAUUCAACAUAUUGUUGGGGAUGUUAUUGAAACUAGGUCGAAUGGGGCUGGCAAGAGAUAUUUGGGACGAUAUGAAGGAUUCUGGAGCAGGACCUGAUUUGGAUUCAUAUACAUUGUUGAUUCAUGGAUUUUGUGAGAAACAAAAAUGGAAAACAGCUUGUGAAUUCUUUAUGGAAAUGAUAGAAAAGGGAUUUCUGCCACAGAAGGUCACCUUCGAGACACUUUAUAGAGGCUUAAUACAAUCCAAUAUGCUGAGAACUUGGAGAAGGUUAAAAAAGAGGCUUGAUGAGGAAUCAAUAACUUUUGGUUCAGAAUUUGAAAAUUAUCAUCUCAAGCCUUAUAGAAGGUAAUCUGAUGAAAUUCUGAAAGGGGUACAAGGCUGAACAAUCUGACUUCAAUCUAAAGAGCUAACUGAUACUUCCUGAUUAAUGGAGAGCUAUUUAUAAUUGAUGAUGUAACAGACAUCAAGGAUAUAAGUAAGAUUCUUAGGCUUUAGUUCAGGCUGUAAGGGGUGACGCCAGACACAUUAAAUGAGACACUCUUCAUCUCAAAGCCCCCCUAUGUACCAGCAACCACAUGCACUUCCUCCUUAUCACAAAUCUCAAGGAGGAACAUUCUCCCAACCAAGUAAUGCAAUGAGUCGGAUUGAAAGUUGUUCAAGCAAAUGAUGGACAAAAGUACCCAAACGGAUGCUCAAAUGGAUUCUCUCACAACUUCCAUCAGCAAUCUUGAAGUGCAAAUGGGCCAAAUUUCUCAUGCCCUCAACUUUAGACCAAAGGGUGCUCUACCAAGUAAUCCGGUGGCUAUAAUCCUAAAGGUACAGAGGAGAGAAAAUGGGAAACUUUGGGGGUUAUGUCAACAAAAUAUAAAGAAAAUCACUACUCAUCUUCAGUUGUGGAGAGGAUGAGUAAGAAGGCAAUGGAAUGUUGCUACAUGUUAAGUGUAUUGUUUUUUAAAUCCUUUUUGUAGUGCAUAGAAUGUUGGGUGUUUUUCCCCCUUAUCUUUGGUUGCCUUUGUUUUAAAAUGUAUACAUCCAAUUUAUCGUUUUCUCCUUGCUAUGUACUGGUCAAUUUUUUCUUCUUAUUUUUCCUACUGCUGAAUGUUCUAGUCUGCAGUUCGGGACCUUAGAGCUCAACUCAAGCUGCCAUCUAUACAUCCAAUUUAUCGCUUUCUCCUUACUAUGUGCUGGUCAAAUUUUUCUUCUUACUUUUCCUACUGCUGAAUGUUCUAGUCUGCAGUUCGGGACCUUAGAGCUCAACUCAAGCUGCCAUCUAUACAUCCAAUUUAUCGCUUUCUCCUUACUAUGUGCUGGUCAAAUUUUUCUUCUUACUUUUCCUACUGCUGAAUGUUCUAGUCUGCAGUUCGGGACCUUAGAGCUCAACUCAAGCUGCCAUCUAUGCUACAAGGAGUAGCAUUUUAGGAGUUCGGCUAGACUUCGAUUAUGAUGCUAUUGGCUGCUGCUGCUGCUCCAUGAGUUGUGGGGAAGUUAAGCAUUAAUGCUGAAUGUUGCAGAAAUAUGAAAGAAUGUUCAAGUAGUUUGACGUGUAUUGCGGAACUGUCAACCAUCAGAAGUCAGUCUUCUCCCACCUGGCCACCCUCCAUAAAAAUAGAAAACUAACAUAAUUAGGGUUGUAAAUUGUGAGUUUGAAAGGGGUAUUAUGUAUAGGAAUGGUUUUAUUUGUGUUUCUAUUUUUUGAUACUUUAGAUGCAAGUUUCGCUUUUCGCCUCCAGAGUAAUGGAAGAGAUAGAAACUGGAGGGUAAGAGCAGCAUUUAUCUAACAUCAAACCAGCCAAUAAGAUUGAAUACUCUUAGGAACUGCAAAUGGUGGGCUGGACCUCUUAUCUGCUUGAAUCAUUCUGCCUAACCCUAAUGUAGAUCCUACUAGCUAGUUUGGGUUUUAAAUUUUUACGAAAAGAUGUGGUCCUCAGUGGCCACUUGUUCCUUUGCGUCUUUAUGACUUAUUAAGGGACAUAUUUCUUUUAUUGUAAUCAAUUGGUGAAGCUGCACUAUUUUUCUUUUCCUUGUAUUUCAAUUCUCCUUUGACAGGUAUGCCCACACUCAACAUUAGCAUCUUAUAUCUACUCUCCUAUUUUCUAUUCCCCUGUCGUAGUUUUUAGAAGUUCUAGUCAUUCCUAGUUGAAUUUACUAAAAGCAUAUCAUGCACACAUGCCGUAUGCCCCCUUUGCUAGUUUCUAUAAGAUUUAAAUUAAACUUGAAUUUGCUUGAUGAUGGCCUAAUAGAUCAUCAUGUUAUGUGAGAACAAAUGAUACUAAGACCAAAGUUUCAGGGAAUGCAUAAUUGGUCCCAUUAAUUAUCCAGAAAUCUAGAAGUUACAACUUACAAAAACCUUUCUGGAUUUUUAUUCUUUAUUUCCUUUUUACUUUUUUUUCUUCUGAGAACAGCACUAUGAUUUUCUGAAUAAACCUUUGUGUUCAUGAAGAGUUCAUUAGACUGAAGGUAAGUUAUCUGGACAUUGAUUUUAAUUUCAAGCUGAAAUGUAAGGAGAGGAGAUCGUAGUUCCAAUAAACUUUGAUUGUUGGCUGGAAUUCUUAAUUUGCUGGGGAUCGGUUCUGUUGGUGACAUUGUUCUUGGUUAUCUUUUGAAUAGCUCAGAUGAUGCGUCCUUUUGCCAAUGAAUAAAGCAUGCUUGCUGCUUAAAUGUUUUGAUGCUUUUCAUGUGUAGUUUAUAUGACCUUUCCACUCCUUCAAAAUUUAACCAUGUUUGGUGCUUAAAUUUUUGGAUGCUUUUCGCAUGUAGUUUGUUUGACCUUUUCAUUGUUCCUUCAUGGACUUGCUGGCUCUGAUUGCAUUCUUGCUUAUAUCUUUACUUGGUUUGAUGCCAGAAUUUGGUUGAGGAGAAGGAUAAGAAAGCGAAGGAGUUUCAAGAUAACACUGUUGCAGUCAAUUUUACCCCACAAAGCAAAAUAGGCAAGAUGCUAGUGGCUAAAUGUAGGACGCUGUUUGAGGAAACUGAAGAGAUCGAAACCAGGUUAAUGAAGGAAGAUGCAUGAAUUAAGAAUGAAACUGGCUUUGCAGAAGUCUCACUAAUGUUCUCUCCAAUUGCUUUAUUAAAUACACCACUGUUUUCCUUUAAAUCGGGCUAGGCAUUUUUUGUUUGCUGCUCAUUUUAUUGUGAUUGUCCAUCAUGCGAUUGUUGUAUAGGAAAAUAUUCUCCACAAAGAAAAUUAUUUUCUGCAUCAUGAAUUAAUGUUUUACAAUGGAAAAUAUAUUGCCUCAAAAGAUCAUUUUCAUGAUGAUUUUUAUUGUUUGGUUGGAUAGAAAAAUAACAGAUAUAUUGUAUGAGCCUAUGAGGUAUAGGGUAAGUAUAGUUACAAUAGUAGUAUAAUGUGUUCAUAAUAUUGGUAAUUUGGUAAAAAUCAUAAUGAACCUGUUAUAUCAGAGAUUAGUAUAAAAAAGUUACUUACACUAUAAGUAUGUAUAACUUAAAUAGAUUCAAA